AUGAAGACUAGCAACGGAGGCGGUGACAGCUCGAUAGGGCGGUUUUCGCGCAGUAGUUCGACGCGCAGCGCGCGCAAAGUCGUCACUCUGCCGAAAUCUUCGUAUUCGACGCCCGCCGCGGCAAACAUGACCCCGGCACCGAGGAGUCCUUCGCUGAAUUGUCCGCCAUCGCCUAAGGGGAGCCCGAAGGUGGGACCGAUCGGAAGUCCAAAGGCGUGCGGCGGCCUUCGUUCGCCCAAGGUAUCGCUGAGUAGUCCAAGCCAAACGGAAAGGGCCGUUUUCGAUUUUGGUCGAGAAGAAGCUCCACUGAAGUCACCCAAGAAGUUCGACUACACCGACGAUGACACUGGUUGCAGAGAUAACACGAUCGCUGGGUCCAGUGAUUGUGAGACAUACAACUUCGCGCUAGCAUCACCUCCGAAGUCUAGCAAAGUUUACAACAGGCGCAUGUACCAGUCGAUAAAAAGUGACUCCGUUAGCUCAACAAAGUCCAGCUUGGAAUAUUCCUCUACGACCAAACAUCCGACUGGAUACCAGGACAUAGAGUACAAGAUAUGCCAUUCUCUAGAUUCAGAUUCACAGACUACUUCUAGCUACAGGUAUUCGACCACAACAAGUACCAGUUCGCGACACUCUUCGUUUAAAGAAAAGAAGAAACCCAAAUGCAACAUCCGCACAAAUCCGGGCUACGAUGAGAAGUACUCCUCAUCGAAGUCCAUCAACGAAUCGGGAAGGAGCGAGAGAGGCGAAACGUCACUACAGAAGUGUCGGUGCCGAAAGUCGACCUCCGACCUCACCGAGAUGACCUCCGACGAUUGCGAUGCAGGUCAAACGGCCACGACGUCUUUGAGUCGUCCGAGUUCGCCGCGUCGAAAAGGCAGUGUGAAGGGCGGUCUGGCUUAUUUGGCUUCCAGGCGCGGUUCCAGGGACUCGCUUGCAUCCAACGUGUCGAACGAGGACAUUGGCCCUCUCAAUAACUUCCAAAAUACGGCUAGGGGCAGGCAGAGGAGGACGUCGAACUUCCUGGAGUUGCCUGGUAAGUGGCGUUGUCUAGCUUUUAUUCCAAGUGGUUCAAGUUGUGAUGAAAACACGAAGUAUAAUUUAUUAUUCAAUUUAUGGCAAAUUUAUAACCGUUGCGACUGGACUAUCGCGUUCUGCGGUGACUCAUCGCCCGCUGCCAAAUUUGACUGA